AACUGAUAGGUGGUCCGCAAGGUCAAUCCUCCCGCCUCGUGUCCAGACCAAGUCGCCGACAUUCGCAGGUUGCAUGCAUUCGAAAAGAAAAUAGAGGAAAAAAAGAAAACAGUCCUGAUUGAUCGGCAAUCUGACCUGCAGUGCCAAAAGGCUUUGCGUUCAAGGCCGCACCUUUUUCGACUUGGUCGCAAUCCCCUCAUCCCGUAGGGCUCUGACGUGAUCAAGAGCCGCCGUUUGCCCGAGACUACCGUCUGGGUUGAUGGCACAUUAGAUAGGUCAUUGGAGAAAAAAACAUACAACAAAAGAAACAGACAAGAAGCACGGGGAAAAAAAAAGAAGCAAAGAAAACAGAACCCGUCUGCCUCUGACCAUUUUCUUUUGCCACAGGCCACAAAUGCCCGACAGCAAAGAACCGUCCGCCAUGAGUCAAGCACCCAACAACCUGUCCAGUACCUCGGAGUCUGAAGGAGCCAUCCUCAACUCGGAGAAUGGCCAGACCCAGCAGACGUACGGCACCAUUGGGGCGCGGCGGCCCGGCCCCGGGGUGCUGAAGCAGUCAGCCCAGCAGCCGCGGUCUGGAUCGGAUGUGUUUGCAAGGUCGUACACAGCUAGGGGCCAGUCAACGAGGGGCUUCACGGCGCCGGGCCCUCCGCGGGCCAUGUCGGCGGUGUCGACCAUGUCCAUGGGGUCAAACCAGCUGCACGUGGGCUGGGUCAAGAAGGGCAAGGCGUACAGCAUCAUGACAUACCUGACCCUAGUCACCUUCAUGACCAGUAUCAGCACCGGCCUCAUCACCACGGGCAUCCCGACCAUGGCGCGCGACCUCGACAUCCCCCCGCAGACCAUGUACUGGCCGCUGUCCGUCUACAGCCUCACCACCGGUGCCUGUCUCAUCGUGGCCGGCACCCUGGCCGACGUCGUCGGUAGCAAGCGUGUCUUCCUGCUCGGCACCUUUCUGCUCAGCGGCUUCACCCUGGGCUGCGGCCUGGCCCGCACCGACAUCCAGCUGACCAUGUUCCGGGCCAUGCAGGGCGUCGCCGUGGCAAUGUGUCUCCCCACCUCGGUCGGCAUACUCUGCAACACCAUCGCGCCCGGCCGCCUGCGAAACCUUGCCUUUGCCUGCACGGGUCUCGGCCAGCCCCUCGGCUUCUCCGCCGGCCUGGUCCUCGGCGGCGUCUUCAUCCAGACCGUCGGCUGGCGGCCUGCCUGGUACUUUGCCGCCGCCACCAUCUCCCUCUGCUUCCCCAUCGGCCUGUUCCUGCUGCCCACCGACAGCCUGCUGGUCAGCCCGUCCUGGAAGCGCGUCCGCACGCAGGUGGACUGGCCCGGCGCCAUCAUCGAGUCGACCGCCUUUGCCAUGCUGGCCUUUGUGCUGGUGCAGCUGUCCGAGGACCGGAGCUCCAUCCGGACGCCGGUCGUGAUCGCCCUCCUCGUCAUCAGCCUGCUGCUCAUGCCGGUCUUUGUGUGGUGGAUGAGGCACGCCGCCAAGCGCGGCCUGCCCGUGCUCAUCCCCAACGGUCUGUGGCGGAGCAUCACCUUUUCGAGCGUCUGCAUCAUGGUCAUGAUGUCGUACGCCGUCAUGCAGGUCCUGGAGCUGUACACGUCCCUCUUCUUCCAAAAGGUGCAGCUGCUGGACCCGCUCCAGGCCUCGAUCCGCCUGCUGCCGUCCAUGAUCGUCGGCGCGGCUCUGAACCUGGUCAUCGGCCUCUUCAUCGACCGCGUCUCGGCCAUGUGGCUCGUCUUCAGCACAUCCAUCCUCUGCGCCGGGUCGCCGCUGAUAAUGGCCCUGAUCAGGCCCGAGUGGCCGUACUGGUAUGCGGCCUUUCCUGCGCAGAUUUUACACCCGCUCUCUGCCGACGUGCUCUUCUGCGUUGGCCUCAUCGUCAUCAGCCAGGUCUUCACCGAGGACACCAAAGCGCUCGCGGGCGCCGUCUUCAAUACGGUCGCCCAGUUCGGCACGGCGCUGGGCCUAGCCGCCAUCGGCAUCAUCGCCGACAGUGUCACUGAGCACUCGCGCUUCGACGACAAGGAGAGCUCCGGGGCCCUGUUUGAGGGCUACAAGGCGGCCUUCUGGUCCGCCUUUGCCUUGACCCUGGCCAUCGCCGUGGUGUCGGUCGUCGGCCUGCGCAAGGUGGGCUCCGCCAACGACGUGAGGGAGGGAGGGGGCGUCGACGAGUCGCCUUGAGAGGGUAUUCUUGUUGAGGAGGAUCAAGGGUGAAUGGGGUCAAGGGUAGGGGGAGGGUGAUGUAAGGGAUUGGGGGUGCGUUUGUGCUUUGGAAGCCACCGAGUUUGUCAUGUCAUUUUCAACACUUGAAGAUUUGCAUUGCUGGCCUCUAAGAACAAGUUUUUUGUCUUGUCUGACUAUGUCACUAUAGAAUAUAAUCGAAGCUUUAUCGAUUGGACCGGAA